AUGAUGUGCUCUGCACCAACGGCCAACAGGAUGCAGCGCCGUCCGCUCGCAGUCGUUGCUGAAAUUGCCUCCCCUUCCACCAGCGACGAACCACGGCAACGUGCAGCCAUGCACAGUUUGGAGUUCGCGUUGUCCCAGCGCGUGCAGCCGUCCAUGCAGUGUCUGCUGCACCGACGGCUCAACCGCGAUCUCAUGAACAUAUUUGACAACCCUGCGCCUGGAGUGUUUGUCGAGCCUGAAGCAAGCGACAUCACCAACGUCCACGCCGUCAUCGUAGGCCCUGACAGGACGCCGUACCAAGGAGGCUUCUUCCAUUUCGUGCUCAAAUGCCUCAUUGACUACCCGGCCAGGCCACCGCUGGUGCGCUUCAUGACGACGGACGCCGGAAGGGUGCGCUUCAACCCGAACCUGUACAGCAGCGGACUCGUCUCGCUCAGCAUCUUGGGCACGUUUCCUGGACCCUCGUGGACCCCAGAGAUGACCCUGAAGACGGUGCUGGUUUCGAUCCAGUCGUUGCUCACCAAGCAGUCUUUGGCUGACGAACCUGCACUGGGACGCGAGGUAGGAACCUGGCUCGAAGAGACGACCGGUUACAACGCCAAACUGCGCUUCCAGACACUCAGAGUCGCGAUUUGCGACGUGCUAGAAGCCUGCCUUCUGGGCAACUCUUCGUACCCCCCGGUCCUGCAGCAGGCUGUGCUGAAACAUUUCGUAGACCAUUAUGCCAAGUACGAAAUCGUAGCCUGUUCCCAGCUUAGCCUGGACCCGAGUUCUCUGACCGGCAAUAUGAAGGCCUCUCAGGGGUAUGAAACGCUGCUACAGCGUCUACGGGACUUGUACAGUCGAAUACUGCAAAAGAGCGCGAGUGUCACGCUGAAGAAAACGUGA